CUCCCUUCUCCAGGUCUCCUGUGAAUAUAAAGGGCAUCCAGAGAAAGUGUUUCCACAGCAGAGAGGUGACAGUCUGUCAGCAUCAGCAUUUUCCUUAUGGCGUCAUUGUAUUCUACUCGGGGAGGGCCUUCAAACCUCAGAUUCUCUUCAUCAAGCCUCUCAUAUGAUGGAAGACCUAGAAUUGCAGUUGCAGUUCAAAAAUCCAGUGUAUUGUCCACAGGUUUAAAUGGAUCUAGUAAUGAUAAAGAGUUGAUGCAGAAUCUAAACUUUCGACUUGCCAACUACUUGGAGAAAGUUUGUGCUCUUGAAAAAUCCAAUAAGCUUCUAGAGAAUAAGAUUCGAGAGAAGUUAUCAGAGCAGCAUGCAGUGAAGAGAGAUUACAGCGAGCAGUUCAAUGUUAUAAGCAGUCUCAUGAAACAGAUUGCAGAUAAUAUCACUGCAAAUACCCGACUGCUGCUUGAGAUUGAUAAUGCCAAACUGGCUGCUGAUGACUUUCAGGUGAAAUGGAGUAAUGAAUGUGCAUUACGACAAUUUGUGGAGAAAGAUAUGAAUUCACUACAGAAAACAAAAGAAGCUCAUGAAUCUGCUGUUCUCAGCUUGAUACCAGAAGUAGAGAGUCUGCAGAGUGAGCUGAAAGCCUUAAAGAGUGAUCACAAGCAGGAAAUUGACGCACUCAAGGAAUCACUUGCUAGAGGGAAGGUGGAUGUGGAAGUCAAUGCUCCCCAGGGACCAGACCUUAACUCAGUCUUGGCUGACAUUCGCACACAGUAUGAAGACAUAAUAAGGAAGAAUAAGGAGGAAGCAGAUGCCCUCUUUCAAUCCCAGUAUGAGACUGUGAAUCUUAAAUUGCAAAAGGAAGACCAAGAAUCCCAGAAAGCACAAGAUGAGUUGCGAGAGAAACGAAGCUUCCUGCAAUCUCUACAGUUGGAGUUAGAGACUGCAAACAACCAGAUAAAUGCUUUAAAAGGAGAUCUUGAAAACACGGAGCUCAGAUACAGGAACGAGUUGGACAGGCUUCAAGGCAACAUUACUCAAGUAGAACAGGAGCUGAAGGAGAUAUUGAGGACAGUACAGAACAACAAGUUAGAAUAUGAAGCUCUCCUGAAAAUUAAGGAGACUCUGGAAGCUGAAAUUGCAGAGUAUCGACGUCUCCUAGAAGGGGACUAUGAAGAGAAAAUUAUUAAGACUGAACCUGAACCAAAACAUCCAGAUAUCCGAACCAAGAAAAUUAUAAAAAUCGUCACACAAACUUUAGUUGAUGGGAAGCUUGUGGGUGAAUCAAGUGAGGUGGAGGAAUUUGAGAAUCAAGAGACCAUUCCGUCUUUGUAAGAAUUAUGAUGCAAACAACAGGCUCAGCUGAUUUCCCAUGGGUUUAAAUGCCCAGAGGAUAUGCUACAGCAGUUCAUCUGACCUUCUGUUAUCUGUAAUGAAUCAAAACAAAGCUAAUGUCUGCAUUUAAUAAAAACAUUCACUCUUA